AUGCGUAGUCCCGCAGAGUUUAAACGUUUCAUUAAAGGAACCCAACUCUUAUAUGGAAGAAGAAGAAGAAGAAGAAGAAGUGUGGAUAAAGGAGACAGAAAAAUAACAAAGGAUGUCAUGCAUAAAAUUCUUACUACAACUGGACUUGUAGUGCCUAUUGGUGCACCAAUUUGCACAAACUGCAGAAAAGAGUUGUCAGUUAAACCAGUAGAGACUAUUUGCCAUGAAUCUUAUGCAGUAAAUUGUUUUUCUGAUGCUGAUAGUGAAAGCCAGCCAAUAUUCAGCCAACACUCUGAGGCUUCUGUGUGUGGCAUUUGGAAACUUGAGAAGCUUAAUGCUUAUCUUGAAAUAACAAAUGUUUCUCCAGUAAAAGAAAAGACAACACCAUUAAUUACUUCCUGUGAGAAAACAAGAAAGAAGUGUCUAUCCAAAGCAUUGGAGUGCCUUACUGCUAUUUGCAGCACAAUAUGCCUAGGUGAAGGGGAAGAAUUGGAAACCAAGGUUUUACAGGCAAAACAAACUCUUCUUAAUGAAAAGAUUACAACAUUAGACAGAACUUUUGGAGAGAUUAAGGAAUUAUUACCUAAUGUGUCAGCCUGGAAGUUCAAUAAAGCCAAGCACCAUACAAAUGAUGUUGGAUGUGGUAUGCCAGUUGCACUUGACAAACAAUGUAGGAACAGGGUAGACAAUGAAAAACUUGAACAUUUUAUUGACUACAUACUGUCAUCUAACAUUAUAAAGGAUUUGCCUUAUGGGACAAAGACCAUGAAACUUUCUUCAGGAGAGAUUGUUGAAGUUCCAUACCUCAUUAGAAGCCUAGCACCAUCUUUACUGAUAACACAGUACACACAAUACUGUGAAGCAGUAGAUAUCAAAUCAUUAGGAUCCUUAACAUUAUACAAGAUUUUAAAUGACUGUUCUGCAUCUGUACGAAAAUGUAUAGAGGGGUUACGCUACUAUGUGGCUGAGGGAGGAAGAUCUUUCCUAGACCUGGAAAACAUUAUAGAAAAAUUAGAGAUCACUGAUGAGAGAAAGAAACAGAUGAUUUCAUGUCUUCUUAGUGGUAAAAGCUAUCUAAAGUCAGACUUUAAGGUUCACAUAGAGGCUGAAUCAAAUAUAGCAGAUCAUUGCAGACUUUUUGCAUUGAGUGAAGGUGAAGAGCAGUGUGGUCACAGUCAUACAGAAAUUUGUCUGCAAUGCAGAAAUCUUGAUGAAAUCUUGAAUGAAAUUUCCACCAUUGUUCAGAGUGUCAACUGGGAAAACAAAGAUGCAGUACUUUUUCAGGUUGAGUCAGCUGUUGAUAGCAUUACAGACUGGAAAGCCCAUAUAAUGAGAUCACGAAACCAAGAAGAUGCAAGGUUAGAUCUUGUACGAGAUUUGAAAAACGGACAAGUUUUAGUGACGUGUGAUUGGGCAAUGAAGAUGUUGCCAAGAAAGUAUAUGGAGGGUCAAACCGACUGGUUUGCAAAGAGAGGCAUGAACUGGCACAUAGCCGUGUCAGUUUUUAAAGAACAGGGAUGCAUCAAAAACUUCACACAUGUGCAUAUAUUUUCAGCUCAGAUAUCUCAAGAUUCCCCCAUAACAUCGACACUGUUGCUGAUCUUCAUACCUUGAUACCAGAUAUUCAAGAAAUCCACAUAUAUUCAGACAAUGCAGGAUGCUAUAAAAACACAUUAAUGAUGGCUUAACUCAGAAGAGAUGUUGGCAAUAAAAUAAAAUCGUACAACUUUUCAGAAGCUCAGGAUGGCAAAGUGAUCGUAGAGCCUCCCAUAUUAAGUCAGUUAUCAAGCGAUACAUAAAUGAAGGUCAUGAUGUUACUUCAGCUGAAGAAAUGAAAGUAGCCAUAGAUGCAAGACAAAAUGGUCAAUUUAGAAUUAAAGUUGUGGACACUGUAACCGUUACCGAUGGUGAAAAAAACAAUACCAAAUCAAUUGCAGGAAUUACCCAACUCCAUAACUUCCAAUUUGAGUCUGAUGGAUUGAAAGUAUGGAAAGCGUACAAAAUAGGAAAAGGACAACUUAUUCCCUGGAAAUCUCUUGGGUCUCCACCUAAGCCAGCUGAACUUCUCAUCAAAUUGAACUGGACAAAUGAGGAAACUGUCAGCAGAUCUUUGAGUACUGAAGCACUGAGGAAAGAAACAAGAAUUUGUAUCUAUAAAUCCUUGAUGGAAAUGAGGCCAAGGACAAUGGACAUGACAAACAAUUAACUUAAUAACAUAAGGAUUUUAUCCAAACCACUGGAUCCAACUAAAUGUUGUCCGAGAUAUACUACAAGGAGUGUGAUUAUGAAGUACUGGGAAUGAAGAAGUGAAACUAUUUCAGAAAAUCAAAGACAUAGAAAAAAUCUUUGUUUGACAAAAUGGAGAGGCGUAAAGAAGGCUAUUUCUUCCCAAUAAAUGACGGAAUUCUAACACCUGAUGAAAAAAGCAGAGGAAUUUUCAACAUCAAAACAGGUUACCAAGUCAAAUUAAAGUUGUCUUUAAUGGAAGGAAAUGUUGGUUUUGGUUGGGUUAGACAGAAUUCAUUCUUUAGAGGGAAAACAUGGAGGUUUUAUUUCCUGACAUCAGAAGAUGCAACAACAACAUCAACAAUAGGUGUGACAUCAGUAUCACCCCUCAAAGUUAAUCCAACAAUUGAAGUAACCGAUUGUUCUGACGAUAAUAGAAGACAGGGAGAUAAUCCAUGUGUUGCAGCCCAAGAAAAGGACAAGCAUGAAAACACAGAAAAGAAAGAACAAAAAGAUGCAGUUGUAAUACCUAUGACCCUGAAACUUAUUGAUGAAUGUAUUCACGAGAUUAGACUUGAAGAAAAUAUAUUGGGAAUUUGAAAUAAAAAAAAAACAAUUAAAAGAAUGUUUGAAUUUAAUCUAAUAAAA